AUAGAGAAAUGGGAGACUCCUGAGGCCCCAGGAGCCAAGAAACGGUGGAGCUGCGGGAACGGGAGUCCAGCCUGGUCACUCAGAAUCACAAUCUUCCACAGUUGUACAAAUGGAGAAGCAAGGCUUCGAGGCAGGAUGGUGAAAUUGCUGGUGACGGACCAGGGGAGCACCCCCAACUCCAAUCUCCCGGCGCCUCCUAGGCGGGGCUUUGAGAGAAGCCGCCUGGCGCGCCGCCGGACUCACCCACCCGAGCUGCGGCUCCCCCGGAGGCCCCCGAUCCGCUGACACGGUGGCUGGAACUCAGGGGCCGAGAGAAGCAGUAGAGGGGAACGCACAAGUGAUGACGGGGGAGGAGUGCGGGGAAAGAGGGCACAAAGAAAGGAGGCCGGUUGGGAGGGCGCUGGGGCAGGGAGCACACGACAAGGGAGCCCCACGCGCGACACCCGAUGGCCCUACUCACCCCGGGAUCCGCGGAGCUGCUUGGAGAGCACGCCCGCGCCCCCCCCUCCCGCCCCCGCCGCAGCCGGAUCGCGCCGGGUCUGCGGAAGGGUGGGCGGCCGGGACGGGCUCGCAGGGGCGGCGGCCCGGCCCCGGGGUCUCGGCGCGGCACGUGCCCGGCCCUCGGAGCCCGCGGCGGCGGGAGCGCGCGGGAGCGGCCGGGACGCGCGGCUGGGCCCCGGGGCUGCGCGCGGCGGCUCUGGAAUGCCCGGCCGCCAGGGACCGCCCCCGGAAAGCCCUGGCCCCCGGCCGCCGCCCCGCCCCCGCGGAGCCCGAGGAGAAACGGGGCGCGGGGGAGGCUGCUUCCCCGCCAGCCCCGCCGCUCGCUGGCGCGCAGCCCGGCGCGAUCGCCUCGCCCGUCGGGGCCCCGGCUCUCCCUGCUGUGAACCGAGAGGGUCGCGCCGACCUGAAACGCGUCCUCCGGAAUGCUUUCCCGCCGCAGUCUACACACGCGAAAGUCUGGCCGAUGGGUUUGGACGGAGGAGCGGGGACUCAGAGCUCCUGCUCUGCGGUGCGCGGAGUUUAA